AUGCCAGGACGUCUGAUCCCCAACUUUGUUCGGGGCUCCGGCUCCUUACAUUCUUCCGUCACCUCGACUCCCAUUCACUCCAACACCUCCUCUACCACCUCCGUCAAUGAAAUCCAUGGCCACAAGAAGCCCGCACAUGCCACCCCGGAUCGUGCCCGUUCCCCCGAACGUCGUCUCUCUUUCUCAAUGGACCACUUGAUUCACCCCCACCGCGAUCACAGCAAAGAAAAGCGCCGCAGUCUGGGAAAGUCGGCUCGGUCUAAGGAGCGUCUCGGCAAGGAGGAAUUGGCCCCGCCGUCGGCAAAGUUGGAGGUUCUGGUAGAAUCACCCCCGUUGGUUUGCUAUGGCACUCCCGCUACCUCCACCGGUGCUUUGUUCUCGGGUCGCCUCCGCGUGGCCAUCGGCGAAUUGAUUGGCAAUGUCACCCUGACCCAAUUCGAUGCCAAGCUCAUCUCCAACACCACCACCAAGAAGCCAGUCUCCAACCACUGCUCAAGUUGUGGUACACGCAGCGAGGAAUUGACCAAUUGGAACUUUCUCACUGAGGACCUGACCCUCAAGGCUGGUGUCCACGAGUUCCCUUUUAGUUACUUGUUCCCGGGCCACAUCCCCGCUUCGUGCAAUGGCUCUCUAGGCCAGAUCGAGUACUACCUCUUGGCCCACGCUAAGAGUGUGACUGGUGAAGAAUUCAACCUCAAGCUUCCCUUGAACGUUCGCCGUGCUCUGAUUCCUGGUAACGACAAGUCGUCCAUUCGCAUCUUCCCUCCAACCAACCUCACCGGCCGUAUUGUGCUCCCCUCCGUGGUCUACCCCAUUGGCCAAUUCCCCGUCGAGAUGACCCUGAGUGGUGUGGUGGACAAGGGCGAGGAGACCCAAACCCGCUGGCGUCUUCGCAAGAUGAUGUGGCGCAUUGAGGAGCACCAGAAGAUCGUCUCCACCGCUUGCCAGAAGCACUCUCACAAGAUUGGUGGAGAUGGUAAAGGUGUCAUCCACCAGGAAACUCGCAUCAUCGGCCACAACGAAGAGAAGAGUGGCUGGAAGACAGACUUUGACACCGCUGGCGGUGAAAUCAGCAUGCAGUUUGAAGCUAGCAUCAACCCAACAACCAACCCGGUCUGCGACAUGGAGGCCCCCGGUGGCUUGGAAGUGAAGCACAACCUCGUGAUCGAGCUCAUCGUCGCCGAAGAAUUCUGCCCCAACCGCAACACUCGCCUCAUCACCCCGACUGGUGCUGCCCGUGUGCUCCGCAUGCAGUUUAACCUCAACGUUACCGAGCGUAGUGGUCUGGGUAUCAGCUGGGAUGAGGAGAUGCCUCCUAUCUACGAGGAUGUUCCCGCCAGCCCACCCGGCUACUUCAAGCUCGACGAUACUCGCAGUGUCAUCGAAGACUACCACGGAUCUCCCCUCCCACUACCCGAUUACGAAGAUCUGGAGCGAUUGGAUUCGUUGCGCCUGGACAGUGAUUCUACACACUCCUCCAACCAGUCCACUCGUGGCCAUGUGCGCUUCACAGUGGACGACCUCGUCACCGACAGCUCUCCCGGACCCUCCGCGCCUGCUUCUCGCGCUCCAUCCAUCGCGCCGUCGGUUGAUUCUUCCCGCCAAUGA